UGUGGCGUCAUGUUGCUAAGGCGUUAUUGAGUCGCAUUAAAGGUAUUGUAAACACUCGCGGACAGCCAGUGUUAACACAUUGUCCGGCGUCUUGGCCACAGUAACAGUAUCCCGUCCAGAGAUAUACGAGAGGAGUCCGUCUGUUGACGAAGCUUUCUCGUAAGAUCGGCGACAAUGGCGCAGCAUUAUUAUGAGAGAUUGAGCCACCGCACGCUCAAGCCAAAAUACUACACCCCGACAAACAACUACCUGUCAGGCGAUGGGAAGAGUGAGGUAUACAUGGGCGCCGCCUGGUACGUGCCCUCAGAACGCGCCUUCGAGAGCUACCACAAACACGGCCACCUCCCACCGCAGAGACGUGUAGACGCCAAGGAAUACGACAAUGAAGAUGAUUGGAGGAAAUUCCAGUAUCUGCGGGAUAGACCUCCAGCAUAUAACAGACACAGAGUGAUGAAGAUGACCAACACGCCAGAGCUCAGUCUCCAUGGUUACUGCACAAACCCAUUUAACCUUCAUCGUACAGGUGUGCGUGCAAGAACGCUCUAUGAUCCCAAACCCGACGGUGUUAGCAAUCCAAUAUGGCGCGGUCCACAUGGUUACUAUGGUUACUACCACGAAAGACUGGAUGCUAGGGACACUGGUGGCUUCCGAGUCACGAGACAAAUGUAUAACGACGAGGAUUGGUUAAAAUGGGAGCAGCUCCGCACUGUUGAUGAUCCCAGUAAUCUGUUGGGUGUUAGACCCCAGCAUGCCCUACCACCACUGAAUGUAUAAAAUGUUGGGACGUGUAAUAUGAACUCAUAGGAUGGUGCAGGCGCAUUGGGCAUUUUUAGUGUCUCUUCCAUUUUAUUAAAUGGGUUCAGGGUUGGGAAACCAGUACUUGUGCCAAUUAGAGAUUUAAUGUUUCAGAAACAAAAGUUGAGCCAUUGGUAUAAUCUGCAUAAUGAAGUACAGUGUACAUGUAAAUGUACGUCUCUCAAGCCCUGUGAGUUUUUGAAACUGACAAAACAGAAUUUGAAAAUGAAAACGAAACAUUAAAACACUGGUUUUACUGACAUGGUUGGGGCCUUACUACUGUUGGUAGAAAGGCUACGGACUCACAUUGCAAUUGGCGACUGUUUGGUAUGUGUACAAUAAUGGUCCAUUCUC